GAGCCAGCGUCAGGACCUUCACUCCGUUUCACUUCCUGGUGGAGCCAGCGGAUACACUCUCGGUUCGAGGCUCUUCUGUUGUAUUGAACUGUUCAGCGUAUUCUGAGCCUCCUCCAAAAAUCGAAUGGAAGAAAGACGGAACUUUUUUAAACCUGGUGUCCGACGACCGUCGCCAGCUCCUGGCGGACGGGUCCUUGUUCAUCAGCAGCGUGGUACACUCCAAACACAACAAGCCCGACGAGGGCUACUACCAGUGCGUGGCCACGGGCGACAGUCUCGGGACCAUCGUUAGCAGGACGGCCAAGCUCACAGUAGCAGGUCUCCCGAGGUUUACCAGCCAACCAGAGCCUUCCUCGGUGUAUUCCGGGAGCACCGCCAUCCUGAAUUGUGAAGUCAAUGCGGAUUUGGUGCCAUUCGUGAGGUGGGAACAAAACAAACAGCCCCUCCUUCUGGACGACAGAGUCCUCAAACUCCCAGGUGGGACGCUGGUCAUCGCCAAUGCCACCGAAGGAGACGGCGGACUUUACCGCUGCGUGGUGGAGAGCGGGGGGCCACCAAAGUACAGCGAGGAGGCAGAGCUGCAGGUUCUUCCAGAUCCUGAGGUGUCUUCGAACUUGGUGUUUUUGAAGCAGCCUUCUGCCUUGGUGCGAGUGGCCGGUCAGCGAGUGGUGCUGCCCUGCGUCGCCGCAGGCCUUCCCGCGCCCACUGUGAGGUGGAGGAAGCAGGAGGAAGCGCUGGACACGGCCAGCUCUGAGAGGUUGACCCUGCUGGCAGGUGGCAGCCUGGAGAUCAGCGAUGUCACCGAGGAUGACGCUGGGAUCUACUUUUGUGUAGCGGAUAAUGGGAAUGAGACCAUUGAAGCCUCAGCGGAGCUAACAGUACAAACUCCACCUGAGUUCCUGAAGCAACCUACUAAUACCUAUGCUCAUGAGUCCAUGGACAUUGUAUUUGAAUGUGAGGUGGCUGGGAAACCAACUCCCACCGUGAAGUGGGUCAAGAAUGGGGAUAUGGUUAUCCCGAGUGAUUACUUCAAGAUUGUGAAGGAGCAUAACCUUCAAGUGCUGGGUCUGGUGAAAUCAGACGAAGGGUUUUAUCAGUGUAUUGCUGAGAAUGACUUUGGAAACGUGCAAGCAGGAGCCCAGCUGAUAAUUCUUGAACAUGAUGUUGCCAUCCCAACAUUGCCUCCCACCUCACUGACCAGUGCCACUACUGACCAUCUAGCGCCAGCCACCACGGGACCCCUGCCUUCGGCCCCGCGGGACGUCGUGGCCUCCCUGGUCUCCACGCGCUUCAUCAAGCUGACGUGGCGAACACCUGCGUCAGAGCCUCAUGGAGACAACCUCACCUACUCCGUGUUCUACACCAGGGAAGGGGUUGCCAGGGAGCGUGUGGAGAACACCAGUCACCCCGGAGAGAUGCAGGUCACCAUUCAGAACCUGCUGCCAGCCACCGUGUACCUCUUCAGAGUCACGGCCCAGAACAAGCACGGCUCCGGAGAGAGUUCGGCUCCACUGCGAGUGGAGACACAGCCCGAGGUUCAGCUCCCUGGCCCAGCACCUAACAUCCGCGCACACGCAGCGUCUCCCACGUCCAUCACUGUCACGUGGGAGACGCCGUUGUCUGGCAACGGGGAGAUCCAGAAUUACAAGUUGUACUACAUGGAAAGAGGCACCGAGCGAGAACAGGACGUUGACGUCUCGAGUCUCUCCUACACCGUGAACGGGUUGAAGAAAUACACAGAGUAUAGCUUCCGAGUGGUAGCCUACAACAAGCACGGGCCGGGCGUGUCCACGGAAGACGUGGCUGUUCGAACCUUGUCAGAUGUUCCCAGUGCUGCUCCUCAGAAUCUGUCCUUGGAAGUGAGAAAUUCGAAGAGCGUUAUGACUCACUGGCAGCCACCUCCUCCAACCACACAGAACGGGCAGAUCACCGGCUACAAGAUCCGCUACCGAAAGGCCUCCCGGAAAAGUGACUUUGCCGAGGCCUUGGUGCCUGGGACACAGCUGUCUCAGCUGAUUGAAGGUCUCGAUCGGGGCACCGAAUACAACUUCCGGGUGGCCGCUCUGACCAUCAAUGGGACCGGCCCGGCGACCGACUGGCUGUCGGCUGAGACUUUCGAAAGUGACCUCGACGAGACUCGUGUUCCAGAAGUGCCUAGUUCUCUUCACGUCCGCCCCCUUGUCACGAGCAUCGUGGUCAGCUGGACUCCGCCAGAGAACCAGAACAUCGUGGUCCGAGGCUACGCCAUCGGCUACGGCGUCGGCAGCCCGCACGCCCAGACCAUCAAGGUGGACUACAAGCAGCGCUAUUAUACCAUCGAAAACCUGGAUCCCAGCUCUCACUACGUGAUUACCCUGAAGGCGUUCAACAACGUGGGCGAAGGCAUCCCGCUGUACGAGAGCGCGGUGACCAGGCCCCACACAGACACUUCCGAGGUUGAUUUGUUUGUUGUUAAUGCUCCAUACACCCCAGUGCCAGAUCCUACUCCCAUGAUGCCACCCGUGGGGGUUCAGGCUUCCAUUCUGAGUCACGACACCAUAAGGCUCACGUGGGCGGACAACUCGCUGUCCAAACACCAGAAGAUCACAGACUCCCGCUACUACACCGUGCGCUGGAAGACCAACAUCCCAGCCAACACCAAGUACAAGAACGCAAACGCAACCACGCUGAGUUACCUGGUGACUGGCUUAAAACCAAACACACUCUACGAAUUCUCUGUGAUGGUGACCAAAGGUCGGAGGUCGAGCACGUGGAGCAUGACAGCCCACGGGACCACCUUUGAGUUAGUUCCUACUUCUCCACCCAAGGAUGUGACCGUCGUGAGUAAAGAGGGGAAACCCAGGACCAUAAUCGUGAAUUGGCAGCCUCCCUCCGAAGCCAAUGGCAAAAUUACAGGCUACAUCAUCUACUACAGUACGGACGUGAACGCGGAGAUCCACGACUGGGUCAUCGAGCCCGUGGUGGGCAAUAGGCUGACGCACCAGAUCCAAGAGUUAACUCUCGACACGCCCUACUACUUCAAGAUCCAGGCCCGCAACUCCAAGGGCAUGGGGCCCAUGUCCGAAGCCGUCCAGUUCAGAACUCCGAAAGCGGACUCCUCUGAUAAAAUGCCUAAUGACCAAGCCUCAGGUUCUGCAGGAAAAGGGAGCCGGCUGCCAGACCUGGGGUCCGACUACAAGCCUCCGAUGAGCGGCAGCAACAGCCCUCACGGGAGCCCCACGUCCCCCCUGGACAGCAACAUGCUGCUGGUGGUCAUCGUCUCGGCGGUCGCCACCGUCGUGGUGGUCGUGACGGUGGCCGUCCUCUGCACCCGGCGCACCACUUCUCACCAGAAAAAGAAGCGGGCCGCCUGCAAGUCCGUGAACGGCUCGCACAAGUACAAAGGCAACUCCAAGGAUGUCAAGCCCCCCGACCUCUGGAUCCAUCACGAGAGGCUGGAGCUGAAGCCCAUCGAUAAGUCUCCAGACCCGAACCCCAUCAUGACCGAUACUCCGAUUCCCCGCAACUCUCAGGACAUCACGCCCGUCGACAACCCCCUGGACGGCAGCGCCCACCAGAGGCGGAACUCCUACCGAGGGCACGAGUCAGAGGAUAGCAUGUCUACACUGGCUGGAAGGCGGGGAAUGAGACCAAAAAUGAUGAUGCCCUUCGACUCCCAGCCGCCCCAACCCGUGAUUAGUGCCCAUCCCAUCCAUCCCCUCGAUAACCCUCACCAUCAUUUCCACUCCAGCAGCCUCGCCUCUCCGGCUCGCAGUCACCUCUACCACCCGGGCAGCCCAUGGCCCGCUGGCACUGCCAUGUCCCUUUCAGACAGGGCCAAUUCCACAGAGUCUGUUCGCAACACCCCCAGCACGGACACCAUGCCAGCUUCCUCGUCCCAGACGUGCUGUACAGACCAUCAGGAUCCCGAAGGUGCUACCAGCUCCUCAUACCUGGCCAGCUCCCAAGAGGAAGACCCCGGCCAGAGCCUCCCCACCGCCCAUGUCCGCCCUUCGCACCCGUUGAAGAGCUUCGCCGUGCCGGCCAUCCCGCCCCCUGGGCCACCCACCUAUGAUCCUGCAUUGCCAAGCACACCGUUACUGUCCCAGCAAGCCCUGAACCAUCACAUCCACUCGGUGAAGACCGCCUCCAUCGGCACCUUGGGAAGGAGCCGGCCUCCUGUGCCAGUGGUCGUGCCCAGCGCCCCCGAAGUGCAGGAGACCACGAGGAUGCUGGAGGACUCCGAGAGUAGCUAUGAGCCAGAUGAGCUGACCAAAGAGAUGGCCCACCUGGAAGGACUCAUGAAGGACCUGAACGCCAUCACGACCGCAUGACGCCCUCAGCGGGACACAAGCUCCCCACUCGGGUCCGCAAGUCUUGGAACUUAGCCUUGCAAGCAAGGAGUUGUACAGAGGACGAGGGGACAGCCCUUGAGGACGUGGGGCACGCCGGCACCUGGGGGGGCCCCGGCGCAGGGAGAGGCCCUGCCGAGGCUGCUCCCUGCCUGCGACACCUGCAGGACUGGGCACCGUGGGCCAAAUUCCGUGUCCAGGGAACAGGCGAGGAGUGUUGCGUGCAUUUCCCGUCACGCCAGGCUGUGCGCGCUGCCGCUGCGUCACCUUCACGGAGUGUAGACACUGGCAUUUACGUAAGGUCUCACUUGCGUCCCACUUUAUUUUACCUUCGAAACAAAACACUCAACGAGGGAGACCGCGGUGGUCUUGCACGUGGUUGACACUGCUCGUCCUGGCCACGUGGAGAGUUGUCGACGGAGU